GAUGAGGAGAUGGAAGAGGUGGAAGAGGUGGAACCAAGGAUUGGAAAUAGAAUUGAAAAUGAUAAAGAAAAAGUUUCGAAAUUUAUUUCUUGGACGCUUAAAGGUGCAAGAGGACAAGUCGAACAAGCUAUAAAAUAUUUAAAUGAAUUAUUAGAACAAGCGGUUAAUGCAUGUACCGGAUAUCUAUCAAUUCCUCAAACAUAUCAUCGACAUAUCAUUGGAGGCGGAGGAUCAGUUAUUUCAUAUAUUAGAAGAGAGAGCCAAUGUGUGAUUAACAUGCCUGAAGUUAACGACGAUGAUACAAUUGUGAUCAUUGGCAGUAAAGAAAAUAUUGUAGUGGCUAAGGAUAUGAUAUUUGAAAUAUUAAUUAACUGGAGAAAAGAACAGAAUAGAUAUGGCAUGAUAAUUAUAGUCAUAAUAUCCCUUACAACAGGUCCUUUAACUACAAUAGAAUUAUCUGAAAUUUGUUGUGUGUUUAAUGAUUCAUCAUUUGCACCUGAUGAUUUAGACGAUCCAGAUUUUAAUGAAACAGGUGAAUAUGCACCACCGCUACCAUUACUACUGUCAUUAUAA